AUGGCAAAAGAACAUGACAGUUUGUUUAAAGCACUGAAUGAUGAACAAAUUCAUGUAUAUCAGGAUAUCAUGACAGCAGUUCUUUCAAAGAAGGGAGGAUUCUUUUUCUUAUAUGGCUAUGGUGGUAUAGGUAAGACUUUUAUGUGGAAGACAUUGUCGGCUGGUCUAAGAAGCAAGGGCAUGAUUGUUUUGAACGUAGCAUCAAGUGGAAUUGCUUCUUUAUUACUUCCUGGUGGAAAAACAGCACACUCUACCUUUUGCAUCCCACUGUUAAUUAAUGAUGAUUCUUAUGGCAACAGUUUAAUUAUCUGGGAUGAAGCACCAAUGAUGAAUAGAAUGUGCUUUGAGGCAUUUGAUAGAACACUAAGAGAUAUUAUGCGAAAUGUUGAUGAUGCCAAUAAAGACAAACCAUUUGGUGGCAAAGCAGUUGUCUUGGGAGGUGACUUUAGACAAAUUCUACCAGUUAUCAAAAAAGGAUUUAGGUUUGAUAUCAUAAAAUCAUCAAUCAACUAUUCAGAGUUAUGGAAUUGUUAUACACCUUGCCAAUCUGAUGAACAAGAUGAAGUGCAAUCUGAAUGGUUUACAUCUGAAUUUUUAAAUGAUAUCAAAUGUUCAGGGAUACCAAAUCAUAAACUGAAGUUGAAAAUAGGUGUUCCAAUUAUGCUCUUGAGAAACAUUGAUCAAGCCAAAGGUCUAUGUAAUGGCACAAGAUUGCAAGUCAACCAUUUAGGCAAGAAUGUAAUAUGUGCAACUGUAAUUACUGGAAAAAACAUUGGUGAUAGGAUUUUUAUACCAAGAAUGGAUUUAGUGCCAUCUGAUUCAGGUUUGCCUUUCAAAUUUCAAAGAAGACAGUUUUCGAUAUCUUUAUGCUUUGCAAUGACGAUUAACAAAAUUCAAGGACAAACACUUUCUAAGUCGGCCUUUAUCUUGCACAACCUGUAUUCACACAUGGCCAACUAUAUGUUGCUAUUUCUAGAGUCAAGACCAAAAGAGGAUUGA